UCAACCGCAAUCUCUUGUCUGUUUGGUCUCGGUCGGUAGUUUCGCCCGGUGUGGCGUCCGUUCUGUAGCGAUCUGAUGUUGAUUAUUUUUAUUUGAAGAAAGUGGCAGAGAUCUCUUAAAUUUUGAUUGGAGCGUCAGUACUUUAUUAGAGGGAGUCAUGGCGGAGUAUCUGGCUUCAAUUUUUGGAACGGAGAAGGACAAGGUCAACUGUUCCUUUUACUUCAAAAUUGGUGCAUGUCGACAUGGUGACAGAUGCUCUCGCAUACACAACAAGCCAACAUUUUCUCAGACAGUUCUACUCCAAAACUUCUAUGCAAACCCUCAGAACUCUUUAAAGUCAGCUGAUGGAUCUCACUUGGUUGCCAAUGUAUCUGAUGAAGAGAUGCAGGAGCAUUAUGAUAACUUUUUUGAAGAUGUGUUUGUAGAGUGUGAAGACAAAUACGGAGAAAUUGAAGAAAUGAAUGUUUGUGACAACCUCGGAGAUCAUCUUGUAGGCAAUGUGUAUAUCAAGUUUCGGAGAGAAGAAGAUGCAGAGAAAGCUGUUAAUGAUAUGAAUAACAGAUGGUUUGGUGGGCGGCCAAUUUAUGCUGAGUUAACUUCCGUGACAGAUUUUCGUGAAGCGUGUUGCCGUCAGUAUGAAAUGGGUGAGUGCACUCGUAGUGGAUUCUGCAACUUCAUGCACUUGAAACCUAUCUCACGAGAGCUGCGCCGUUACCUCUACAGUCGCCGCAAGAAGGGAAGAAGGUCUCGUUCCCGCUCCCACGAUCACGUUGGCUCGCGCCGCACUCGUUCACCUGAGCCACGCCGCCGCUCCAGGUCGAGGGACCGAGGGGAUCGCAAGCGUGACCGGGAUGGUGGCCGAGGAGGAGGUGGCGGUGGUGGCGGAGGUCGCGAUAGAGGUGGUCGGGACCACCGCGAGGGUCGGUCAGGCCGGUACUGAGCUCACUCAACGCAUCAUUCGUAUUCGUCUUGGUAGGCUGAGGACAGGAAAGGCAUGAAUAUUUCUUACAUGAAAAGCAUUUUGUAAGAUUCCAUUUGACUCCAUUUCCGUACACUAGUAUCAUGCUCAUCAAUUUGUCCUUUGUGUGGGGGGACACUGUGUCAAAGACAUGUGUGUUUUUUUUUUUUGUUUUUUUUUUUUAUCGAAUAUGAGCGUAUUUUUUUUUAAAAUUGAAUAUGAGCAUUUUAAAAUCAUGUGAAAAAGGAGUCUCUCAGCAUAUAAGAAUUUUUAACCAUGUUUGAAGAGUGUUUACAAUGAUUCCCAACUUGUCAUGGAAGUGAGUGUUCCUUCCAACACUUAUUACCUAGCUUUUAUCUUCUGAUUCUUGUUUACUGCAUAAAUUGCUAUUGUGGUUGUCAUGAAUUUAUGUGUUACACCUUGCCCCAUAGCUAUCAAAUUCAACAUAAAAGAGCACAGAAAUUAUAUAUCAUUGUACGUUUAGAAAACUGAGCUAUUAAUAAAAUAAGUAAGACAUUCAA